UAUGCGGUCAUCGCUACUAUCCGAGUUAUACGAGUGUUCUCUCGCUGGCACUCUGAGACAUCGGUUCUUGGGAACAGAUUGCUUAGCACAGAGGUACUCGUCAAGCUGGGUUCUCAGUGUCCGUUUCCUCCAUCAUCUGAGUCCGGCUGUUGACGCAGACCUCGUGCUGUGCCUGGUAUACGUUGUGCGCAUGCCUAUCACGACAUUUCUCGAGCGCAGAGAGGGCAUGGCGCUGCUCGCGUUCGCCACGUCCUUCGUGAUCUUCCUGGUGUUGGGCCUGGUGCUCGUGAACCUACAUUUAAAGCAAGACGUGGCGCAGCCGCCCGCCUCCAACGCCGACGGGGAAGCGAACGAGACCAGCGUCGCGAGCGAGGCGAACCUGACCGACAGCGUGACCGAGGACGUCACCGAGCCCGCCUGGAUGUGGAUCGAGAAGCGGAAAAUGGUGCUACCUGUUCAGCUUUACCGGAAAGUCCCGAUAGUGUCCAGGGAGUACACCGCCCGGAGCUCCACGCCUCCACCGUCACCGAGGACAGCAGUGGCAAGGACUCCCAGAAUCGCCUCGUCCACGAGAAGAACCCGUUCGGCCGUCGCUGGCAAGAUGGAGUUGCCAAAGGCCAAGAAUGACCAGCCUCCAGAAGUCAGGACAGGACCACAGACAAGGAGUCAAACCAGGGUCGCGAGUCUGGCAGCAACGGGCAGUGCUACGGUCAGGACAGCUCCGACCCUGGACGAUGCCGACACAAGGGAGUCGCCAAGCAUCGGGAAUGACCCACCAGAAGCCAGGACGGCACCAUGGACUACGAAUCCGAGUUGGGCCGCAGGUCUCGCGGCAAGGGGCGGUGCUACGGCCAGGAUGUCUUCGAUCGUGGACGGUCCGCCCACGGUGGACAUCCCCACGGAGAGGACAACUGGUUCACGGUUCAACGAAAGUUCCCGUGGUUGGGCAUUGGCCAACACGAGUGGCGGAGCUCCGUCGCCUACCAGUGGCUCGGGAAGCACGAGCCCCAUUUGGUCGACCAGCAGCGCGUCGUCGUCGUCGUUCGGAAGAUGGCUUGCGGAGGAGCAAGAAGCCGAUCCGAAAGAGGCCGCCACGGAGGAAGCCAUGACGUCGAAGGCUACUUAUGAGGAUGCCGUCUUGACGGACGCUGCUUGGGCGGACCCCGCUCUGGCGGAUGCGGGUUUGACGGGCGCCGUCUGGACGGCCGCUCUUUUGACGGACGCCGCCGCUUCGACGAGCGCAUCCGCUUCGAUGGGCCCCUCCACUUCGACGGACGCCGCUUCGACGAACGCCACUUCGACGAAUACUACUACGCCGACGCGGACCGGCUUGGUGGAUGAAGGCUUGGCGAAUGCAGGGACUGACAUGAUUUCAAGGGAGGCGACUCUGGCCGAUGCCGGCUUCACGGGCCUACCUCCGGCGGGUGAUGAUUUGAGGGAACCUGUUCAUAGGGGAACUGUUUCAACGUAUGUGGUCGUUCAAACUACAACCGGCACUGCAAAUUCCACGGAUAUGCCCAUAAUAUGACGGUCAUGGCGCAUGCGAGGAACGUAAUAAGGGCUACGGACAUGACGUGCUUUUUGGA